GUAUCUACUUCAAGUCUAGCAAUGCGUCUACUCAACGUCGAUACAUUACGGCUAGAGUUCUUCCACAGUGCUGAUGAGGCCCCACCGUAUGCCAUCUUGUCUCAUCGAUGGGAGGACGACGAGCCAGCUUCUAUUCGAUCUCAUCCUCAUCUACGCCGUGCUCUUUCUAAAGAGAUCGGCUGGUAUAAAGUCGAAGGGGCCUGUUGGGCUAUGAAACACUUAGAUAUGACCUAUGUGUGGAUCGAUACACUGUGCAUCGACAAAAGCAGCAGCGCGGAACUAUCCGAGUCCAUUAAUUCCAUGUUCUCAUGGUACCAAAAGGCCACUUUGUGUUUUGCUUACCUAUCUGACCUGGAACCUGGAAUUGAUCAGCCAUCGCAAGACGCGUUGUGGAAAUAUCGACCAGGAAAAUCUCUUUUCGAAGACUCUCAAUGGUUUAAAAGAGGGUGGACGCUGCAGGAACUUAUUGCGCCCACCGAAGUAUGGUUUUUUGACAGGUAUUGGGGCUAUGUUGGGUCUCGUUCUUCUCUGGCGGAACGUAUCGCUCAGAUAACCAACAUCUCGAGCUUAGUCCUCACUGACCCAUCACAUGCUAGACUGUGGUCAACUAGUGUAGCAGCACGAUUGUCUUGGGCUGCCAAAAGAACUACGACAAGACUAGAAGAUCGUGCGUACUCGUUGUGUGGCCUUUUUGGAGUGAACAUGUCGACUAUUUACGGCGAAGGCGAAGCGACUGCUUUCUUCAGACUACAGACGGAAAUCUUUCAGGCCAAUCCUGACCACACCAUAUUCGCCUGGGAC